AUGACUCGUCUGGAAAUGGUGGCCGCCAUUGGCGAAUCUUUCGAAUAUCCAGCGAUCGUUUGGCCAAACAACGGUUCUGGCAAUGUGCCCCCGACCCAUGGCUCGGUGUCAGUAUUCACAACGGUUUAUUCCGGACUUCCUGGCUUUAGUACUGGUCCUCACAGCUAUAACGCUGGUACGAUGCCGAUGUAUGGCGAUGUGAACGGCGCCAACUCUGACUACGGCGUCUGCUCUGCGCUUACACAAAACCCCAAGGCAGGAGGCUACUACUCGGAUGGCUCUUAUGCACCCGAAUACGCCCGUUCCGCAUACCACAACGGUCCGAAUGCAGGAGAGUACCAGACUGCCCCUCCGCCGCAGGCGGCUAUUAAUGCAGCUCAAGUGGCCGCAGCCGCUGUAGCCACUGCUACGGCGACGGCCACCGCGGUCGCCAUUGACCAGACGCAGUUUCCUUCUUAUCCCCCCGGAAACCAGAAUGGAGCUUAUGCAACCGCUGCUCAGCAGUACCCGUCUAAUGCAGUCGGAAUGAUGCAGCAGCCAAUGGUCAAUUCGCAAGGUCGUAUGAUGCAGUCGAACGCGGCCAUGGGCCAGCCACAGGUCCCUCCUGGUUACAUGUCCAAUGCCAGGCCACGAUCAGUUGGUGGUGGGGCAGCAUCGCGCUAUGUUGCACAGUCGGCGAUGGCCAACGCGCGACAGUCUCCAUAUGCGGUUGCUCAGGCUCCGUACGGAACUGUGCAAAUGAACCCUGUGGUUAGGAACUCGCCGCAGGCUAACCACAUGAUGAAUUCAUCGCAGUCCGUUGGCCCUCCGGUCGCAACCGGCUCCUCGUACGCUAGGUUUGCCUCUACGGUGCAGCAGCGGCCUAUUCAGUACCCUUCAACCGCAGGUAUGCCUUCGCAGCAACAAAUCAUAGCCAAGAGCGUCGGCAACUACAUGAACUACGGCAUGCCGCAAAAUGUGCAGCAGAUGACAGGCUACCAGGGUCAGAUGCCAAACAUUAGAAUGAACACGGUGGCGAAUUUGCCACCUUCAUCCGCAUCGAUGAUUAUGGCACCGAACAACGUGAGCGUCAACGGCAUGAUGUCUCAGCAGCCGUUCGCCACCUCAGCAGCUCCCCCUUACAACGACGUUAAGCCCGUCAUUCAGGCUGAAGACAUCGAGCCGAGGAUUUCGUUUCCGGUGAAAGACGGCGUCAUUAUGCAGCCGUUUCGCCUGGAGCAUAACAUCCCAGUUUCGCAGCUGACUUUCUUCCUCAGCACGGAACACUAUAAUCUCCUUUACUCGGAUCCUGACGCCGAUCUGCAGUUGAAGUGUUUUCACGCUGACGACAGACUGAUGUCCAACAAUUGGCCGCAUAACGCUAACAUCCAAAUUUACCUAAACAACACCCCCGUUGCUGUGAGACACGUUGAUCGCCCGCUCUACGUCAAGAACCUAUGUCAACCGAACAAGAACACAUUGCAGAUCGCUGUAGAACAGUGUUGCUGCUCACACCUCUUUAUGUUGAGUCUCAUAUCGAGACCCACCGUGGAGCGAAUUGUAAACAGUCUCGUUCGUCGACGACUGUUACCCGUAGAUGUCGCUAUUGAGAAAAGUACGGUUGUGCUUUGUCGAUUUUCAUGGAUUGUACCUGUUCGUGCGAUAUCUUCUAGCUCUUUGUUUUCUGGCUCAUGCUUCUGUUCGUGCUGUGAGACAUUGAUGUGUUUUCGAUCGUUCCACAAUGGCGAGGUAGUUCCCCUGCGCAACCCUGAUGGCUCGCAGCUGGCUGAUGUGGAGCUAAUGUCGGCAAACAUCUCGCUUAAAUGUCCUAUCACCAUGUCAAAGAUCGUACUUCCUGCCCGAGGUCAGGACUGCAGGCACAUUCAGUGUUUCGACUUAAAGCCAUACGUGAUGAUCAACAAAGAUCGUUUUCAGUGGCAGUGUCCCAUUUGCGGGCGUCAAGCACUUCCUGACAAUUUGGAAAUCGACCAGUACAUAUGGGGCAUUUUGGCAAACCUGGCCAAAUGCCCCGACGUUGACGAAGUAUGUAUAGAUUCGUCGGCAGCAUGGAAGGCGAACGUAAAGUCGAACAUGUACGAGGCGUCGUUGAAGGAGCAGAUCGUACCCGGUAAUUUGGUGAAGAGGUUCAAAAGUGAGCCGCUAGACGGCCCUGGCUGGGGUCAAGCAACGGCGCAGAUGCAUAACUUUCAGAACAUGCAAAACUCCGUGAUCAUGCAACAACAGCAGCAACAGCAGCAGCAACAACAGCAGCAACAACAGCAGCAACAGCAGCAGCAACAACAGCAACAGAUUCCUGAACGCAACGCGCGAAUGAUGAAUACGUUCUAUCAGGAAGCGGCCUCGCAUCAGGGAAUGCAGCAGCAGAUCUGUCAGACGUCAGUAGCCAUGGGACCCACCGGACCGGUAAAUAAUAUGUACGGCCGUUGCACGCCCGUAGUGGCGGACAACCAGCAGCAGACGGCGGUGGCACCAGCUACACCUAAGCAUCAGUCAGUCAAGAUGGCAUUCAACAGUCCACCGACACCCGUGACCCCGCAGCACAACCCACCGUCGGUUGGUGCCCCUCAUAGUGUCGGUAACCUUCAGACUACGACCGAACACAUAGCGCAGCUGCAGCAGCCCCUUUCGAACCAGAUGCAGCUCAGUAUCGAUGGGUCCGCAGCAGGUGUGUUCAUUCAUCUCCAAGCUUCUUCGUUUGUAAUCAGGAGCUUAACUUUAAAAAUUCUAGGAUCUGCACCAUACACGCCAGCUUCAGUCAGCAGCGCAGGCAGCCAGCACAGCUGUACAAACACUAACGUGGUUUCCACUGAAGGGAACACUGGUGACUUCUCAGAUCUCACGUUCGAUGCAAACGACUUGCUGCCGAACGAUACGUCAGAAAACCUAGGGAACUUCUUUGUUGAUUCAACGAUGCCUGACCCAGGAGAAUUUAUUCAGUAUUUUGAAAAUUCCAGUUUCGGUGAUUUUGGUAUAUCGUCUGAGAACGCGAACGCCACUGGAAACCGUGGUUCAGCGCCAGUAACGUCUGUGAGUGACGAGGCGAAGAGUGCGCACCGCAAUGAAACCGGAAACAACGGCUCUUCGAAUCCUACGACUGCGCCUCCUAGUUCGCGGGAGAACGAGAGCACAAAUGACGAAAAGGGAAAUUGCAGCACACCUAAGGCCGAUAAGCAGGACAUGGUUUCGGCGGCCUCCUCCGUCUCUAGCAAAGGCACUUCGUCGUCGACGACGGCGUCGGCCACAGCUCCCACUACCACCUCGUCGUCUUCGUCCGAGAUCGACGAAAUCCUGUCGCUGCUGCAGAGUUGA